UUUAUAUCUAGAAAUUAAUACCAUGAAACUUCCAAUCAGUUUUUUACAGAAAAACAUAAGAAAUCAAUGUUUGAAGCUUUGGAGAAGGUCAAGGCAGAGUUGAUGGUUCUCGGGUUUAUUUCAUUACUAUUGACUUUUAGUCAAUAUUACAUUGUCAAAAUAUGCAUCCCGGAUAGCAUAGCUGAUACAAUGUUGCCAUGUCCUGUAAGAGGUAAAUCCAAAAAAGAUGAGGAAGGAGAAGUAAGCCACCGAUUGCUUCUUUCGUAUGAGCAACGUAGAUAUUUAGUUGAAGAUGUUAUUUCAACUUGCAAGAAGGGCAAGGUACCAAUAAUAACUGUUGAUGGACUGCAUCAAUUGCAUAUACUCAUAUUCUUUCUUGCCGUUUUACACGUUGCAUACAGUGCACUCACUAUGGCUCUUGGAAGACUAAAGAUCCGUGGCUGGAAGCAGUGGGAGGGGGAAACUUCAUCUCACGACUACGAAUUUUCUAAUGAUCCCACACGAUUUAGGCUAACUCACGAGACGUCUUUUGUGAAAGCUCACACCAGUUUCUGGACUAGAUAUUCUUUCUUCUUUUACAUUGGAUGCUUUUUUAGGCAGUUUUUUAGGUCUGUUAGCAAAUCUGACUACUUGACUGUGCGGAAUGGGUUUAUUAAUGUUCAUUUAGCACGUGGGAGUAAAUUCAACUUCCAAAAGUAUGUUAAGAGGUCACUAGAAGACGAUUUCCAAGUUGUUGUAGGGAUCAGUCCUGUACUCUGGACAUCGUUCGUGAUUUUCUUGCUUCUCAAUGUUAAUGGAUGGCAUGCACUGUUUUGGGCAUCAUUGCUUCCGCUAGUCGUUAUCCUAGCAGUUGGAACAAAACUUCAAUCCAUCUUGACAAAAAUGGCACUUGAAAUUACUGAAAGACACGCGGUUGUCCAAGGGAUUCCGCUUGUGCAAGCCUCUGAUAAACAUUUUUGGUUCUCAAAGCCCCAUUUCAUUCUACAUCUUAUACACUUUGCUCUGUUUCAGAAUGCAUUCCAAAUAACAUACUUCUUGUGGAUAUGGUAUGAAUACAACAUGGGUUCUUGCUUCCAUGAGAAUAUCAAACUAGUUAUUUUGAAACUUGUAAUCGGGGUUGGAGUUCUCAUAUUGUGCAGCUACAUAACACUUCCACUAUAUGCCCUUGUAUCCCAGAUGGGAUCGACCAUGAAGAAGUCCAUUUUCGACGAACAAACAGCCAAAGCCUUAAAGAACUGGCGAAUGGCUGCCGUGAAGAAAAAACGUGGAAGCGGGGUUGGAAGUGUAAACAGUAAUUCACCACGAAAACAUGGAAACACUUCUAGUCCCACGUCGUCCAUUUCAUCAUCACUCACCCGCUUCAAGACUUUUGGUCAUUCCCCAAGAUCCAAAGGUUACCAAGAAGCUGAUUUAUCAUAUUUUGAAGCCGAACCAAUGUCACCUGAAUCAUCUGCUACUCAUUUGAUAAAUGUAAGAGACGACCUUAAGGAAGAUAACACGAUUGAAUCUAGAAUUCCUCGACAAAGAGAUGAUACAAAGAAUGAAGAAGAUUUCUCAUUUGAUAAAGCUUCUCCAUCAUUGUAAUAGAAGUAACCACGGAACAUUUCUGUCCGAAUUUUGAGGCUAAGAGUUCCCGCAUAUAGUAAAGUAUAAUUCUUUCUAUACUGAUGAUAUACUCGUUUUUACUUAAGAUAUGAUCACAUGAUCACAUCUCAUUAAUCUACUUAGUGUAUGUACAUAUCGUAAGGGCACAUUUCGAUAUAUUUUGCCUCCAUAUUGCUUUGUAAAUUGUAAUCAUAAUUUGCAAGUGUCAAAUAAGGUUUUCAACAAA